AUGCAAGAUUUGCUCAAGAAACCGAAUUUCGACUACUCCUUGCUCUGUGUGUUACUUUAUGAGUAUGUGUUUGGUCAUGGAUUACGGUCAGUUAAUAAAUUAUAUUCGGCGCCGAUCCUUCAACGAGCUGCUUACAUCGAUCAGCAGUUGGAGACAGUGAAAGCUGUUGACCGGGUGGAAGAAUCUGAUGCGCAGCAGUGUUCAGCCGCUGCACUCUAUCCGAGAUAUGCCCGAAUAAAUACUUUGCGCUGGUCUGUUGAUGAUGCUCUUAAGGCGCUACAGGAUGAAGGAUGGAUUGUUUCAAAUAUGAAAUCACAAGAAGACACUAACUGGUACAGAAACGCUGUCGCAUCAAUGACCGAAUGUCAAGUCUACAUUGAUAACCAUAUCAGAACGUUGCUACUGUUUCCUCCUAAUACAGACCUGCACGAUCACUGGAUGGUUGUGGACGGGUAUUUGAUGCUUCAGGAUAAGGCCAGUUGUUUGCCGGGCCAAAUUUUGAAGCCAAAAUCAGGAUCUCAGAUCUUCGACGUUUGCGCAGCACCUGGCAUGAAAAGCACUCAUCUGGCAGCAGUACUGCGAAAUGAAGGCAAAAUUUGGGCAAUAGACAGAGAUAGCGAUCGUGUGAAAACAAUGCGCAAAAUAGUGAAUAGAGCAGGCGCAACAUGCAUCAGCAUACUUCAUGGAGACUUUCUCCGCAUCGAUGUAACAGAUAGGAAAUUUUCUGAGGUACAUUAUGCAUUGGUAGAUCCUCCUUGUAGCGGUUCUGGUAUUGUGAAGCGUAUGGAUGAGCUCACUGACGACAAUGAAGCAAAAAAUUUCAAGCGAUUGCAGUCGUUAUCGAAUCUUCAGGCCAUGCUUCUGAAACAUACAAUGAAAUUACCAAAUUUGAAAAAAGUGGUCUACUCAACUUGUUCAAUUUAUGAAGAGGAAAACGAAAAAGUUGUCGAAGAGAUACUCAGUGACGAGUUGCUGAGUGAACAAUUUGAAUUGGCAUGUGCUAUGCCGAAGUGGCCACAUCGAGGCAAACCAGAGUAUCCUUUUGGCGAUAAAUGUUUGCGUGCAUCUUCUGAUCUUGACCUAAGUAACGGCUUUUUCGUUGCUCUUUUCAAACGGCGGAAAAAAUGA